AUGUUUAGUCAGUCUGGGAUUAAUUUUAGGAGAAUCUACAACACUGCCAGAGCUGACUUGAUUUUUAAGAUAAAUUGCAGUAAAUUUCAAAUUUUGACAUUUUAUAAUAGAAACUACUCAUAUUUUAAUUUUAAAAACCAUGAAUUUGUUUUUUCACCCAAAAAUUCUAAUGUUAUCAAAGCUGAUACAAACCAUGUUAAUUAUGUACAACACAGAGGGAUAAGAACCAGGGUAAUGGUAUCUAACUUUGAUAGUACUCACUACGUUGUUACAAACCCAAAUACUGCAAAAAAUUGGCCUCCAGAACAUGACCAUGGAAAUCCAAUUAGUAGAGAAAGCUGUAAAAAGUUAAUGUGUGAGUUGAAUGAACUCGAAAUUGAACGUCUGGAGAAGAUGCGCAAAUUUAACAUGCCUGAGCUUAAUUUGGGAGAAUUGGUGGAAGUAAAAUACGAACUCUCAAGAACUCAACAAACCUUUGCUGUAUUCACAGGAUACUGUGUUGAUAUUAGAAAACGGGGUUUAAACUCGUCGUUUAGUCUUAAAAACGCCUUUGAUGGAGUUGGAGUUACUCAACUUUUCCCCCUAUACUCGCCAAGGAUUCUGAAUGUAAAGGUAGUAAAGAGCUUGAAUAAAGGAGAAACGAGUGAUUACAAGCCCAUAACAAGGGAUUACAGAUACAAAUUCCACUAUAACGUGAGGCAUAGAUUCUCUAAAAAGAGAGGAGUCCACAAACCCGGUAUUCGGAGCUUUGAGAUAAGACUAAAGAACAGAAUUGCUAGGUUGAAACAGAGCUACUAUAGAAUGAGGGCGGAAGCCGGUCUCCCUCCAUACAUUUGGCCUGGUCCAUACAACAUCAAUACCAGAAAACGUUCAAAGGAAGUUAGAGGUGAAACGUACAGAAGAAUUGGAUUAUACAGCUUGGAUGAGCAAAGAGCAAGGAGUGAGAAGCUUAGUAAGAGGAGGAAAAAAUCAGCUUGGGGGAAAUACAAAUUACCAGGCACUGGCUACCUUGAUAAACUCUCAAAAUAA